AUGAUAAAGUCGCUGCUCCACCACUACAGCUGGCCGUCGCCUCUUCAAAUCCACGUGAUGGCGGAUGAGGCCAGCGAUACCACUCUUGCAGAGUUUCUCGCGAGCGCAUGCGGUGGCGCGUGGCUGCGCUGCAAGCUUCACACGCGCGCAAUGGUCUUCCAGACGGUGGCGCAGCUGAUGCCGGCCUCAGCUUCAGCCCUACUUCAGCGCAGCGCUCUCGACUUUUCAACCCUUGUCAAGGUGGCGCUGCCGCACGUGCUGCCAGCGGACGUGAUCUCGCUUGUCGCCGUCGACGCCGACGUUCUGUGGCGAGCCGACGUGGCGGAACUAUGGGCCGUCUUUGAGACUGCGCGCGCCGCCUCGUCAGCAAUCGCCUUCGGCAUGGCGCUCGACGCAAUCCGUCUGCGCAAGUGGAAGCCGCAGUAUUGGUUGAGGCCGUACGCCGCGGCACCGUACAAUGGCGGCCUCGUCCUGAUGGACCUCGCCCGCGCGCGCAGCCAGCAUUGGCUCAACGUGAGUAGCCACGCGGUGUGGCGCGCGCUCGGCGCAGCUGGCCCAUCCGCGCGCCUCGAGUUUGGCGACCAGGACUGGUUCAAUGCGGCGUUCGCGCGCCAUCCAGCCAUGGUGGCAAAGCUGCCGUGCACGUGGAAUAUUCAGUUGUCGGCGCUGCGGUUUCUGCCGAAGCGCGCGCAGCUGGUGCUGCCGUGCGGUUCGCUUUACGAUGGGUCCGCCGCCUCGCUCACUUCGGGCGCCAAGUUGCUGCACGGCUCGGCCUGGAGCUUCCCUGGGAACACCGGCGGUCGCGCAGUCGACGCCGGCGCGCCGCACGCCGUCGAGCAUGCCCGCUAUGCAGCAAUGGCGCCAUGCGAGUUGCCGCGCGUCGCGUGCCGUGCCGCCGAGGCGGCGUCGAACCGCUCGCUGCGCGGCAGGGUUUGGGCGGAGUGGCCGAUGCGUCGCGCGGCCAUGUCACCGCUGCGGGCUGCGGGGCCCGCGACACGCCGCAUUGCACCCGCUAACGACGACGACGGCACCAAGCCCCUGCCCACUGCGCCCACUGCCUCCCACACCACCGCCGCGACAUCUCGCGUGGAGCUCGUCAUCGGCGUGCUUGGACGCGCAGCGCACGUGGAGCGCCGCGACGCGAUCCGCCACGGUCUGCACACACUCACAUUCGCCUACCCGUCGUACCACCUAGCAAAGCGCGUUGCGCUCGCGUUCGUCCUCGGUGCAGAUGCGCUGGGCAUGGGUGGCAAUGGUGGUGGUGGCGGCGGCGGCGGCCACGGCGGCGGCGGCGGCGGCGGCAGCGGUGGUGGCGGCUCUUCCGCCGCAAGCGCGCUCCUGCGCCGCUCCGUGAGGGCCGAGAUGCGGCGUCACGGCGACAUACUGGUGGCCAACUGUAGCGACUCCGACGGCUUUGUCCCGGGGGGCGCGGUGCCCGCGCGCAGCCGUUCGGACCCCGAGGCCAGCAAGCUGCUCGCACUGCUCCGCUGGGCGAUUGAGGCGCACCCGCGUGCGGGCUAUAUCAUGCGCAUCCACGACGACACGUACGUGCGGGUGCACGCGCUGCUCCGCGCGAUCCGCGCCGAGCCGAUCCCGACAUCGCACCUCAUCUGGGGUCGGUUCGUGCGCGGGUGCCGUAAUGACGACGUGCAGAGGCUGCGUGCGGGCGGGCUGAAGCGCAACGAGUCGUUGUGGCUCUGCAUGCUGCCCAAAUCGCUCCGCCCGAGCUUCGCCGAGGGCCUCUUUCUCUUCCUGCCCUACCCGUCGGGCCUCGGGUGGGUCUACUCUCGUGAUGUGGCCGAAUGGGUGGCGCACAGCCGCCUGCCAUUUCGUCGUAUCUGGCCCGCCGACGCCACCGCCGGACUGUGGACAGCGGCGCUCGACAUCCGACAUUUCGACGACGAGCGCUUCCACGACAUCAGCGGCCGCGGUGGACUGCAGCGGUGGUGCGAUGCGACCAGCCUGGCAAUCCACUACAUGGACGCGCGAGCGUGGGCGGCCGUCGAUCGCUGCGGCUGCCUGGCGUGCGGCAAUGGCACGUGCCCGCCGCCGCCACCCAAGGGGGCCACCUGCAAGCUCAUUCACGACCUGCUCUGCGAUGGCCGUGUGAAGAACGACUGA